AUGGAAAGAAAAGAACCCACUCCUUCAGAAGAUCCGAUACACGGGGCGUCUUCCUCAUCGACCUCUCCUCGUAGAGGCGACUAUGGAGGCGGAACGCAAAAACCGAAAGGAAAUGAUCACGACGUGUUCUUGAGCCGGAUAGGUAGGGGCGGGCAGCUCUUCAAUGAUCUCCGUAAAGGCCUCGUCGAUGCAGCGAUUGACACGUUCUGCAGUAUGCCCUAUUUGGAUGACGGGAUUCUCGACAGUCCUUCGCAAUCUAAGAUCUCGAUCCCCAUUUUCACGCCGCACUUCGUUUCCGACCAAGCGGGCCUUCGCAAGCUUGUUCACACGUUGAAAUGCAAGAGAAGCAGUGGGCAAAUAGUGUUGCCCAUAUUUGAUGGAGUGAGUCCCUCGGAAGUGCAACUUGUUGAAGGGAGAUCUAUACAAGCUUUCUCUAGACAUGAAGGUCGGGAGGAAGAAAUGGAACUAGGGGAAUGGAGAAAAGCGCUCGUCGAAGUCGGUUCCUUAAGAGGAUGGGAAGCAGAGAAAUUUGCCAAAGGGAAUAAAGGAGCACUGAUUGAACUAGUUGUCGCACGAGUUGUGAGCUUGUUGAAAACAACUUUCAAGCUUCCCAUGGAGUUGGUUGGAAUUGAUGAUCAUGUGGAACAUAUUAUGAGCUCAAUAGAUCCUAAAUAUAAUGAUACAAGGAUUAUCGGAAUCCGUGGAGUGCGUGGAAGCGGUAAGACAACUGUUGCAAAGAACCUAUGGAACAAUCUCUAUAGUGAUUUUGAACAUCUAAGCUUUGUACCAAAUAUUCGAGAAGUAUCACUAUGCAUGGGUAUUGAGUACUUACAAGAAGAGCUCAUUUGCGAGGGAAUCGGCAUCAUGUCUCAAUUUACAAGUAAGAAAGUUCUCGUUAUUCUUGAUGAUAUGGAUGAUAAUAUUCACUUAGAUGCCUUGGUUGGAGACGGCAGUUGGUUAAAAGUGGGGAGUAUAGUCAUAAUAACUACUCGAAACAUGGGUAUUCUUGAUAAGGCCAAUGCAGUCCCCAAGCACGAACUAAACGAGUUGACUCACAGUCAAGCAUUGACCUUAUUUAGUAGACAUUUAUUUGGAAAGAAUUCUCCUCCCGAGGCUUAUCGGUAUAUAUCUUAUGAUUUCGUACUUCGUAUACCGAGGAUUCCCCUGAUUCUUGAACUUAUAGGUUCAUCCUUCCGCCAAAGAAGAGAAGAAGUAUGGAAAGAUACAUUGAUGAAAUUAAAGGACGAUGUGAAUAAUAAUAACAAUCAAGAUGUGCUGCAUAUGACUUACGAAUUGUUGGAUUAUGAGCAGCAACAGAUAUUUUUGGAUAUAGCAUGUCUUUUUAUUGGAUCAUCUAAACAAAAUCCAAUUUAUAUGUGGGAUUCUUGUGGUUUUUCACCAAAGGAGGGUAUUAAAGUAUUGAAAGGUAGGUCCCUAAUUGAAAUUGACAAAGAUGACAAGCUAAUAAUGCAUGAUCAUGUGAGAGAUUUUGGAAGGGAAAUUGUUCGUCUAGAACAUCAAAAGGAGCUUCAGCAGCGCAGCAGGUUAUGGAUUUAUGAGGAAGCCCAACAUGUGCUUGACAACAACAAGGGCACUAAUAUGAUUCGGGCCAUUUGUCUCGACGAAUAUGACUCCAAAAGAAGCUACACAAGUGAAAACUUUAAAGGACUGACCAACUUGAGGUUCCUUAAAGUAUGCGGUGCAAAUUUCACCGGAGAUUUCGAGAACACGCUUAGUGAACUUAGAUGGCUUCAUUGGGAGCGUUGUCCCUCAAAUUUUGUUGUGGCCAACUUUCAUUUGAAGCAAUUAGUUGUGCUCAAUCUGUCAGGGAGUGAGAUUUCAGAGGAUUGGGAAGGAUGGGGUCCAAUCAAGAUGGCAACGGAGCUUAAAGUUCUCGACCUCUCAAGUUGUCCAUCUUUAAGAAGAACUCCUGACUUCUUUGCUUUCAACAACUUGGAAAUUUUGAUUCUUGAAAAAUGUGAGAAUCUAGAAGAGAUUCAUCCUUCUAUUGGGAACAACAAGUCCCUCGUUUCCUUGAAUGUCAGUGGUUGUAGGAGAGUAAAGGAGCUACCCAUUGGAGUUGGUAGAUUGGAAAAAUUGAAGGAGCUUUUAAUAAAUGACACUGCCAUACGAGAGAUUCCGAUGUCGGGGAAAGGUUUGAUGAAGCCGGAGACUCUAAAUGCCUCGUGUUGUGGGGGAUUGGGGGAACUACCUACAGGAGUAGGUAGAAUGGAAAAAUUGAGGGAGCUUCUCAUAAAUGACACUACUAUACGAGAGAUUCCGAUGUCGGGAUGUGGUUUGAUGGAGCUACAAACUCUAAGUGUCUCAGGUUGCAAGAGUCUAGAGAAGCUUCCGACUGGAGUAGGCAAAAUGAAAGAAUUGAGGGCGCUUCUCAUAAAUGACACUGCUAUACAAGAGAUUCCAAUACCAAGAGGUGGUUUGGCAAAACUGGAGACUCUGUGUGCCUCAUAUUGUGAAGGACUUGCUCAAUUUUCACUAGUUGGGAAUGGAGGCAUUCCAGCCCAACAUACUCCCAUCCUCGCCUCGCAUAGAUCAUGCCGAAAUGAAAAUCGAAGUAACAUGCCCGCCUGCACAGGACGAGGAUGCUGGUGGUGGGCCAAUGCCAGACCAACGCUUUUGGCGGCCGUAGCGGUGACGUUCCACGGUCUUCAAGCAGGACAUCAGCCUCCACUCAUCCCAAAUGCAGGUGCGAUUUGGUCUGGAUCGCGGAUUGCUCCGUCAGGCCCUAGGCAAUGCCAAAAAUGGCUUCGUGAUCGAUGGAGCCGACCUCCCACAGCCGUGGCUAUGGAGUUCGCCGCCUCACGUGAUCGCAGAUCUCCGUCGGAAUGA